AGAGUCUCCUUCACAUUUGAAGAACAGUUUCCUGGCUGAGGAACCUUAUUCAAGGACACACACUCCAGUGGGCCUCAUGGAAGAGUAGGGUCUCCUCCAUCCAUCGUGAUCAAACACCCAUUCCCAGAGCAGAAAUGUCUGGCAGAGACAAGAAGCCAUUGGACUACAGUUUGCAACAACAGAAAAGAGUCUUGAAGCAAUAAGAGCACAGACUUCUUAAAGAAUCAAUACCUGAGGGCUGUCACCAUGGAAGAAUCUCAGUCCAAGGAGGAAAGUAACACAGAGGGUGCUCAGCAUGCAGUUGAAGAGGGCACGGGGGACUUGUGCCCCAACUUCCAAACAGAGAUAGAUUUAGAGAUGUUCCUGAAGAAACGAAUAGAGAUGUUGCAGGAGAAACCACAGAGGAAAUUCCGUCUAGAAAUGCAAUGAAACAAAAAGGGGAGAAUAUUCACUCCACUCAGCCAUUGAAAAGGGAGAAUGUGUUCCGAAAUUUUACAAACCUACUACUCUUCCGAAAAUUUUGCCCAAGAGAUUCAGAGAAAUUGGUCAGGAAAAGCUGGCAUUCAUGUGUACCAGAAGAAGGAGGACAUAUGAUUGAGAUCCAAGACUUAUUUGACCCAAAUUCAGAUACUGAGAAAAGACCUCAAUUAGUCAUAGUAGAGGGGGCUGCUGGGAUUGGGAAGUCAACACUGGCCAGGCAGGUGAGGAGAGCCUGGAAGGAGGGCCAGCUCUACAGGGAUCGCUUCCAGCAUGUCUUCUUCUUCAGCUGCAGAGAGCUGGCCCAGUGCAAGCAGCUGAGUCUGGCUGAGCUCAUAGCACAAGGCCAGGAAGUGCCCACAGCUCCCAUCAGACAGAUCCUGUCUCGCCCUAAGAAGCUGCUCUUCAUCCUGGAUGGCAUAGAUGAGCCAGCAUGGGUCUUGGAGGACCAGAAUCCUGAGCUGUGUGUGCACUGGAGUCAAGCACAACCUGUGCACACACUCCUGGGGAGUUUGCUGGGGAAAUCCAUCCUUCCUGAGGCUUCCUUAAUGCUCACAGCUCGGACCACAGCUCUACAAAAAAUCAUUCCUUCUCUGGGGCAGCCAAAUCAAGUUCAAGUCCUAGGAUUCACUGAGGUUGAACGGGAGAACUAUUUCUACAGAUAUUUUGCAAAGCAAAGAGUUGCAAUGACCGCUCAUAUGAAGCUUCAAUCUAACCCAGUGCUUCAGACCCUGUGUGAGGUCCCCUGGGUGUGCUGGUUGGUCUGCGCUUGCCUGGAAAAGCAGAUGCAGCAGGGUGAAGUACUCUCACUGACCUCACAGACCACCACAGCCCUCUGCCUGAAAUACCUUUCCCUGACAAUUCCAGGUCAGCACCUGAGCACCCAGCUUAGGACCCUCUGUUCACUGGCUGCUGAGGGGAUCUGCCAAAGAAGGACCCUGUUCAGUAAAAGUGACCUCUGUAAGCAAGGGUUAGCAAGGAAUGCCAUUAACACUUUCCUGGAGAUCGGUGUCCUUCAAAGGCAGCCCAGCUCUCUGAGCUACAGCUUUGCCCACUUGUGUCUCCAGGAGUUCUUUGCAGCGAUGUCCUACAUCUUGGAGGAUAGUGAGGAAAGACAUGGGGAUAUGGGAAACGACAGAACUGUGGAAACACUGGUAGAACGGUAUGGAAGACAAAACCUGUUUGAGGCACCCACUGUGCGCUUUCUAUUUGGUCUUUUGAGUGAAGAGGGAUUGAAAGAAAUGGAAAAGUUCUUUUCCUGCAACCUUCUUAGGAAGACAAAGUUGGAAUUACUAUGGCACAUCCUUGCAAAAUUCCAAUCCCAUCAACCGCAUUCUCUGGGUUUUCUACGCUGUCUGUAUGAAAAUCAGGAAACGCAGCUCCUAUCACACGUGAUGCAUGAUCUUCAAGGAAUAAUAGUGCCUGACACAAAUGAUAGGGCACACUCAGUGAUCCAGACAAAUGUGAAGCACUUGGUGAUACAGACAGACAUGGAGCUCAUGGUGGUCACUUUCUGUAUUCAGUUCUGCUAUCAUGUGAGGAGCCUUCAGGUGAAUAUGGAAAGACAGCAAGGAUAUGAGUUGACAGCCCCAAGGAUGGUUCUGCACAGGUGGACCCCAAUCACUGAUGCCAGUUGGAAGAUUUUAUUCUCCAAUCUUAAAUUCACCAGAAACCUGGAGGAGCUGGACCUAAGUGGAAAUCCACUGAGCUACUCUGCAGUAUGCAGUCUCUGUAAGGCCCUGAAACAGCCUGACUGCCAACUAAAGAGCUUGUGGCUUGUUGAAUGUGGCCUCACAUCCAGAUGCUGUUCACUCCUGGCCGAAGUGCUCAGUGCCCACUCCAGGCUGACUGAGCUAGACCUGCAGGUGAAUGACCUGGGUGACAAUGGUGUGAGGCUGCUGUGUAAGGGACUCAGGAGUCCUGCCUGCAACCUCAGCAUCCUGCGGUUGGACCAGGCCUCUCUCAGUGACCAGGUGAUUAUGGAGCUCAGAGACUUGGAGGCAAAGAAUCCAAAGCUACGAAUCUCCAGCACAUGGAUGCCACACAUGAUGGUCCCCACUGAGAACAUGGAUGGAGAAGAUAUCAUGGACUCAUUCAAACAGCAGAGACAACAGUCAAGAGAGACACUCAUGGAAACUCUGGGAACUGAAGAUGACUUCUGGGGCCCUUCAGGACCUGUGUCUACUGAGGUGGUUGACAGAGAGAGGAACCUGUACCGAGUGCAAUUGCCCAUGGCUGGUGUCUACCACUGUCCCAGCACAGGACUACACUUUGUGGUGACAAGGGCAGUGACAAUACAGAUCGAAUUCUGUGCCUGGAGUCAAUUCCUGGACAAGACUCCCUUACAACACAGAUACAUGGUAGCUGGACCUCUGUUUGACAUCAAGGCUGAGCAAGGAGCUGUGACUGCUGUGUACCUCCCUCAUUUUGUGUCCAUCCAAGACCCAAAGGCAAGCACAUUUGACUUCAAGGUGGCCCACUUUCAAGAACAUGGGGCGGUUCUAGAAACGCCAGUUAGGGUGAAGCAUCGCUAUGCAGCACUGAAAAACCCAAGCUUCUCGCCAUUAGGAGUUGUGCUGAGAAUAAUCCCUGCUGCCCGGCGCUUCAUCCCCAUCACUUCCAUCACACUGAUCUACUAUCACCUCAGUCUUGAAGAGGUCACCCUUCACCUCUACCUCAUCCCCAAUGACUGCACCAUUCAGAAGGCCAUUGAUGAGGAAGAAAAGAAGUUUCAGUUCGUGAGAAUACACAAGCCACCCCCAGUAGAUAGCCUGUACAUCGGCUCCCGCUACAUCGUGUCUGGUUCUGAGAAGCUGGAAAUCACCCCGAAGGAACUGGAGCUAUGCUACAGGAGCAGCAAGGAAUUCCAGCUCUUCUCUGAGAUCUAUGUUGGACACAUGGGUUCAGAGAUUAAGCUGCAAAUCAAAGACAAGAAGCACACGCAACUCAUAUGGGAGGCCUUGCUGAAACCAGGAGACCUCAGACCUGCACUGCCCAGGAUUGCUCCAGCCACAAAAGAUGCUCCUGCCCUGCUACACUUCAUGGACCAGCAUCGGGAGCAGCUGGUGGCCCGAGUGACAUCAGUGGACCCUCUCUUGGACAAGCUGCAUAGUCUGGUGCUGAGUGAAGAUUCCUAUGAGGCAGUGAGGGCUGAAACCACAAACCAAGACAAGAUGAGGAAGCUGUUAAGCCUCAGCCGGGCCUGGAGUCGAGCCGGCAAAGACCAAUUCUACAACGCUCUGAAGGAGACCCAUCCUCACCUGGUCAUGGAUCUGCUUGAGAUGUCGGGUGGAGUCUCUUUGAGAUACUGACAUCCUGUCUGAGGGGUGAGCAAUCUCCUUAGAGUCCUGGCUCUGCCUGAACUUCCUUUGGUCCUUAGUUUCUCCAUCAGCAGCUAGUGGCCAUGUGAGCUUCUUUUCUGAUGACACUGUUUCCAGGACACCUCUUGGGGAUCCAGAUGCUCCCCCUUGGCUUCCCUAGACAGAUGGUCAUGGAAGUUGAGCAUCUCAGAAAACACCCAGUAGCACCGGUAUUUCUAUCAGGACCUUGUUGAGCCUGCACUAAUGGCCAGACUGGCCAGCAUUAAGCCAACCUGACCCACCACGAUACACACAGGAUGGGGAUCCUGAGAAUGAAAACAAAGAGAUGAUGGCUCUCCCUGGAAAGUGCAUGUCUCAUGAAUAGGAGAGGAGGAGGCUUUUAAAAUGCAUGCUGUCUGGUCAAACAGAGAUGUAGGGAAGUCACAUGAUGCAACUUGUGGUCACCACCAGAAACACCUCAGAUUCAGUGCACAUUGUGAACUAAUCUUGGGCAGUUACAUAUGCACAAGCCUUCUGUUCUAGUAAUGAACUUGCAAGCCUCACAUUUGGUUACGUCAUCCCAUAUGGAGGUGAGAGUCAUGGCUUAAGAAACUGAUGUGCGAGUGUUGAACAGAUGACUGAACAGAGGCUCAGUGGUAAGAGCUGCUCUUGAAAUGGUCAGAGUCCAACUCCCAGCACCUACUUCAGGCGGCUCACAACUGUGUAACACCAAAGCCCCAGAUCCAGCAUCUUAUUCUGUACUUGAUAAUCACCAAUACACAGAUGCACAUUCAAUCAAACACACAGCAUUUUUAAUAUUUAUAAGAGAAUGACAAAAUGGGUGUCCUCUUCCCAUCUCCCAAUGGAAUUAUCUCACCAAAACUCAUGUCAGACUUGAGGCUUGGAAGCCUGUGUGCUUACCAGGAGCACAGCCCUGCCAGUCUCUUUCUCCAGGCUACAAGGCUUUCCCUCUGGGUCAUGUUUCUGCAUCCCCUCCUGCCAGACUCAUGGACAGAACAGUUAGCCGGUUUCUCAGUGUCUCCCAUAUUUUCCUCUUGACUAUGCAUGUGUGCUCUCUCUGCUGUUGGGAUCUCUGCACUUUGCAUCUCUUUCUCUUUUGGAGAACAAUAUUUCCCUCAUUCUAACUCCAGCCCUUCCUAGGUCACAGGCAGGCAGCCUCAGCCCAGGAGACUUACCCAGAAUCCUCCAGGUUUUAUGGGAUUUUUUUUAAAGUUUUGAGCUUCCUUUCUGUGAUAUUGACUUCAUCUGGAAUUUGGAAAUAACUUAAACUAAACAAAUAAGCCAAUGGCAAGUAAAGCCAAGAUUCUUAAAUGUGUGUGACAGAUAUGACACACUGAGCUGUCAAUCAAGGUUCUUAAAUGUAUAUGGCAGAUAUUACAUAGUUAUUUGUAAAUAAGUAAAAAUGCUAAAAUAUCAAUACUUAAUAUACAUUUUAUACAGAGAGCAUCUUAAAUCUUAUAAAGAGGAAAUGUGUUAGAUUUCUUGAAUUAUUGAUGUGUUAAAAUGAGUCCCCAUCCCUUUCUCUGUCCCCUUAUGCAUUGUAAGGUCACCAAGUGCUCUGAUUGACCCAUGCCUCCAUACUGACUGGGUUAGGAUGGGCUGAGACACAAGCCCUGAGAGAACAGACUUUCUGUGGCCAACAGCAGAAGUGCACUGAGACAGUUCUCAACUUAGCUCCUCCAGAGGACAAGUCACCUGGACAGCGGUCAGGACUGGUUGCUUCAGACAAUGGCACAUUUGCAGGGAAAUCGGCAUUAGUGAACAGAAUAGCUCAGUAUUAAGUUUUCUUCCAAGAAACGUAAUCAUUCCUUCUCUGGGAUCUUUGUCUAAGGAUAUGAUGUGCAGCCUGCACAGCUGGUGUCCCUUUAAUACAAACAUACAAUGUGGUGCCACCAAGAGACCCCUGAAACUGCAGAAAGAGUCAGGUCCUUUAAGAAAUCCAAAGGGACAAUGAGUGUUUAGAAAUGGAGACGUUAAAGUACACAUUUAUCAAGCAUAAAUGAAUAAUUUUAAAAAGAUACACAUUUUAUAAUGAAAGAUGUGUAUUGACAUAUUUACAUUUCCUGUUGAUGAUAAUUAAACCCAUUAUAACAACAAAUAUCUUGAAAUGGAAAUUUAGGCUGAUUACAGGUUGAUUUUUAAAUGUCCUACAGAGAGGGACUUAUGUUUAAGCGAUGUAAAAUGGCAACUGUGUGCUUAUGUGGCAGUCUGCUGGGGGAAAGGUUUGCGUGUCUGUGUGUUUUUCUCUUUGUGUUUGUUGUAGUUAUUGUUGGUUUUUUAACUGUAAAUACCCAUUGAUAAAGACUGCUUUGUGUCGUUACCAGUUAUGGCUUAGAUAUCCAUAUAAUGUGUUUAUCCAUGUGACCUGAGGCCAAUAGUCACAACAGAAAGCAGAAUGGUCCUGCUUCUUGGCUGGAGCGGGGUGGAGUGGUCUGGGGUGUAAGUAGCUGUAUUUUCCAGGCUGGUCCUUCCUUACGAUCCUAGAAUGUUUAAACAUUUGGUGUCUUCCAGGAAACACAUUAGAAAAUUAAAAACCAAACCCUUUGACUCUUGGCACCUCGUGGGUUUUGCUUUUUUAAAAAACAAUAACAUCCUUAAUUUUAGUCUAUGUAGAUUUAUUUUUAAUUGAGGGAUUAAUGUGGAGCAGAGAAUAAGGAAUGUGCAACCAGUGACUGGCCCAACUUGAGACACAUCCCAUGUAAGAGAGCCAGGCGCUGACACUGUUACUGGUACUUUGCUACACUCGCAGAGAGGAGCCUAACAUCCCGUUUCCUGAGAGGCUUCAUCCAGCAGUGGAUGGAAAGAGAUACAGAGACCCACAGACAACCUCAUGUGGUGCUUGGGAGACUUGCAGAACAGUGAGGGAUAGAAUCAAGCAAGAUGGAGGGGUCAAGGACACCACAAGAAGACCUACAGGGUCAACUAACCAGGGACCAUGGGGAAUCACAGAGGCAGACCUACCAACCAAAGACCGUGUAGUGACUGGACCUAGGUCCCCUAUGUAUUUGUAGCAUAUGUGCAGCUUGGGCUUCAUGUGGGUCCACGAUGUCUCUGACACUGUUGCCUGCCUUUGGAUCCCUUCCCCCUGACUGGACUGCAUGGUUGGGCCUCGGUGAUAAGGAUGGUUUUAGGCCUAUUGAGAGUGGAUAUCACAGGGUUGGGUGGUAUUCAAGGGAGACUUCUUCUCUGAAGAGAACUGGAGGAGGUGGGGGAGGGAUUUGUAAGGAGACGACUAGGAGGAGAGGAGGAAGGGGAAAUGCAACCAGCAUGUAAAGUGAAUAAAUAAUUUUUAACUUAAAAAUAGCAUUUUAAACAUCUUAUUCUAAAAUAAUCGUGAUUAGCAUUAAGAUGGGUAUAUAUUUUCUUUUUUAACAUUUUUAUUGGAUAUUUUUAUUUACAUUUCAAAUGUUAUCACCUUUCCUGAUUUCCUGCCCCUAAACCCCCUAUUCAAUCCCCCCUCCUCCUUAUUCUAUGAGGGUGUUCCCCCACCCAUCCACCCACCUCUUCCUACCUCCCUUCCCUGACAUCCCCCUACACUGGGGGGUCCAGUCUUGUCAGGACCAAGGGCUACUCCUCCCAUUGGUUCCCAACAAGGCCAUCCUCUGCUACAUAUGCAGCUGGAGCCGUGGGUCUGUCUCCUCGGUUAGUGGUUUAGUCCCUGGGAGCUCUGGUUGGUUGGUAUUGUUCUUAUGGGUUUGCAAACCCCUUCAAUUCCUUCAAUCCUUUCUUUAAACUCCUCCAAUGGGGGAUACCAUUCUCAGUUCAAUGGUUUGCUGAGAGCAUUCACCUCUGUAUUUGUCAUGCUCUGACAGAGCCUCUCAGGAGACAGCUCUAUCAGUGUCCUGUCAGCAAUAUUGUCUGGGCAAUUUGGUGUCUGUAUAUGAAAUGGAUCUCCCAUGUGGGGGCCCAGUGUAGGGGAAUGUCAGAGUGGAAAGGUGGGAGGGAGUGGGUGUGUGGGUGAGGGAACAUGCUCAUAGAUGCAGGGGGAGGGGUGAUGAAGGAGAAACGGGUAACAUUUAAAAUGUAAAUUUAAAAAAUAUCCAAUAAAAGAAAAAAUCUGAUCUAAUUUUGUAUCCUGACUCUGUUGUAAUUUCUGUGUAAAAAGCUGUAACUUCUUCCAAAAUCGGACUGACAGCAAAGUCUAGAAAACUGCCAUUAAUUUAUUUUUUUUCUUUUUCCUGUUUUCUUUUUCUUUUUUCCAGCCUUUUUGAGACAAUGUUUUGCUGUGCAGUCCUUGCUGUCCUGAAAUACACUCUGUAGACCAGGGUGCACUUGAACCCUCAGUGAAGAGAUCCAUUUGCCUCGGCUACCUGAGGGCUGGGAAUAAAGCCAUGUGCCAACACCAUCCAGCCAAACAAUGUCUUUAUCCCUCUUCAUCAUUGUGUCAGUUCUCGAUCCUAUACACUUGUCCAUAAGGUCAAGUAGUAGGAGUUGCAGGGGAUUCGUGGUGGCGUUAGCUAACAUGAUCACCCCGGAAGUCUAGUCUUUAACCAGUGAGCAGUGCUUCCUUCAAGGUGUGACCCUCAUGAUUGCUUUGGGCAAUGUAUAAACUGGUGAAAAAGACCAGACCUAUGAAUCCUCCUCAGCUCCCUCUUGCAGCCUGCAUUCAGC